AUGGCCUCAGCCGGGGGCGAGAGACGGCCAGGGGCCCAGGAGAGGACCGCUGCGGGGCCGGCACAGCUCGCGGAGUCGUCCGGUGGCCACGCUCAGAGCUCUGAGUCUCCGGUGAUGGCAGACCCGUGCCUGGCGCCAGCCUAUGAGGCCUGCCGGAGCCUGGGUGAAGACAAGUGCCCAACAGGACCAGUCUCAGAGCCAGGGCUCCAGGAGGAACAACUCAAGCUGGAGGAAGAGAGGCUCAAGCUAGAGGUGGAUUCACUAGAGGAGAGAGGCCCCAGGCCUAUGGCCUCCAUUGUGAGGACCAGUCAUGGUCCGAAGAGGAAGCCUGCUGGCUCCUUAGGCCUCCUGUCCCCCAGCCUCCCAGGGCCUAGCCACCAAGCCCAUCCUAGGGCUGAAGCAGAGAUGCUACAGGGGCUGCCACUGCAGAAGGAGGAGUCAGAGAGUAGCCAGAGUGAGCCCUUCCCAUCUGCCAAACAGCACAAAAAAGCCAAGAAGCGCAAGAGUCUGGGGGCUCCAGUGCUCCCAGCUCUGGCCAGCACAGUGUCUGCCCCUUCAGAGACGUUGGGGCUAGAGCGGAAGGCUCAGCGCCUGCGGCCCCUGUACCAGUACAUCAACUACUGCAAUCCUGAGCUGAAUGAGGCAGGGGAGGGGGACAGGGAGGCUGAGGCAGAGACGGAGCCUGAGUUGGAGCUGGCCCUGGUCCCCGAGGAGGCCGGUGUGGAGCAACUGCAGGCCUUGCUGCCCGUGGCAGGUGAGCUGGCCUCGGGCCUCUCUCAGCCCUGCCCCAGUACAUUUGUGUCCUCCACCCAUGCUCUGGUUCCCCUGGGAGAGGAGCCUGGGUGUUUGCCCAGGCUGGGGGGCAGCGGCCGCCUCAAGGCUGAGGUGGAUAAGUCCGCCCAGGUGGACAUUGACAAGAUGCUGAGUGUUUGCGCAGCCCCACUUGUACCUCCGCUCUCUCCUCAGUACAAGUGA